AUGCCGACAAUUACAAGCCUGUUAAACGGCAAACAGCAUGGGGAUCACAAAAUCUGGAAGCGAAAGUUGUGUUCGCCGUGUUACGUACGUCGUGGGUUUCAGGAAAAAGUCCCGCGUUAUAAAAACGUACAGUUUGAUGGAUGCCAUUUUAGAAUUUUUUUAAUCGCGAGAUUCAACACAUCCAUGGAAAGCAGGUUUAACCCAACCUUCCAAACCUUAACGUCACUUAACAACAAAAAUUCAAUCACAUCUGCUGCCUCAGACGGAGACGUUCAGCCAAAUAUUAAAAAAAUGACCGUGUGCAUAAUUGUGGAUCGUUCCCGGCAGAACAGCGGGACAGGAGUAUCUCUGCAAUCGCUCUCAACCUCUAGUGCAAGGCCAGUUGAUCCCGGAAGAUGUAUGGAGGGAGAUGAAGAGAAAGGUUGCUGGCGAAAUCCCAAAGCACUGACCUUAGCAACAAGUAUGUGCGCGUGCGCUUCAUUUUCAUUUCUUUGCGUUGCCGUGGCAACGGAUUACUGGCUGUACGCCGAGGACAGGAUCGAAUUCACCAACCAGACCGGGUACUACGUCAAAACGUACAAUGGACUCUGGAGGAAGUGUACACUCGAUGUUAAGAAGAGUCCAGAGAGAAACUGCAGUUACAUUCCAUAUUUGAGGUACAUGGAACGAGAAGACUUGAAACCAUCAGAAUCAGUGCUUCGCCAGUUGUCACUCCGUAGGGCUUCUAUGUUUCCCAUCGCCAGCCUCAUCAUCCUGCUGGUCGGUGAGGUGGCCUGCUUCAUCGGGCAGUGCACCCGACGGAACGUCCUCACAUUUAUAUCAGGGAUACUAUUCGUUAUCGGAGGUCUCUGUACGCUGAUUGGAGUGAUCGUCUUCAUUAGCGCCGUGACCGAGGAAGCGAGCAGCAGUCGGCCCAAGUCGACCCUG